UUUCUUAUUUCUCCGUAUCAUUCUGUGGUCAUAAUCCUUGUACUAAACUAUUUCAUCUCUCUCACUAUCCGUAUCUUGCCUCGUCGCCGACGAAUACAUUAUCAUCGAUUCAAAUUCAGUUCGAUUCACUGACUAUGAGGGAUUACGCCAGGAGCUUAUCAAUGGAAGGAAGAGCUCAAAACACUGGAGAUAAUACAGCAGUACGAGAAAAUUCACUAAUUAGAACAAACAACUCAAACUCUAGUUCUCUGAGGAAGGAUUCAAUAAGUUUUCCUCGUGAUACGGGCGAUCGAUUACUGAAUUUAAUUAGUCUUUCGCAUGAGAUAGCAGAUGAGAUACUUGGCAAUGUUGAUAGCUCGAUUGUAGCUCGAGUAGGAGAUAGCGGGGAUCGAUUGGUGGUGAAAGAUGAUGAGGUUGAGGACAAUGGAAGCCCAAAUUUCAUUGUGGGUGGUGAGAAUAAAAGUUUUGAAAUGGGAGUUGGACCGGUUACUGAUGAUUCUUUGGUUCUAAAUCAUGUGGCAAAGUCUAAUGAUAUGAAUUAUGCAUCGCCCAUCUCGCCAUUGACGGUGGAGAUUGUUUCCUCCCUCCCAAAUGGUUCCACUUUAGCAUCAGUAGACAAGAAUCAAGCAGUUCUUAUCAAAACAUCGUCGAUUAAGGGUAAGCAAUACAGGAUUUUCCAAAGAUUGGAUUGUUGCAAUUACAUGAUUCACUUAGCUCUAUUUGGAUUUUUUGGGGUACUUACACGGUACUCACUAGGAAAGCUCUUUGGGCCAAGUGAUCUCGCACUAACCUCCGAUGAUUCCCUACUAUACCUUGAUCUACCAGCAAAUAUACUAGGUUGCUUCCUUAUCGGCUGGUUUGGGAUUGUUUUCAAGACUGAUAUACGCCAAAUAUCUGAUCAUUUAGUAGUUGGCUUGACUACUGGAUACUUGGGAAGUCUAACUACCUUUAGUGGGUGGAAUCAGAAAAUGCUUGAUUUGUCUGCCAAUGGCCAUUGGUUAUUUGCUUUUGCUGGCGUCAUACUAGGGAUGUUUAUUGUCAAUGAAUCUAUCACAAUCGGGGUUGAGUCAGCUGAAGCUCUUCGAAAGUGGCUUCUACAACAAUUCAACAAGAGUUUAACAAAUUUCAAAUCCAAACUAGAACAAUGGAGAGUGGAAAUGCGCAUUCAGAAUAUAGCAGUGAUAAUACUUCUAUUCUUGGCAAUGCUUGCAAUAUGGUUUCUAUUCGGAGCAUUAGCUAUACUUAAGCUGCAUAGCCUUGCUGAUGAAACAGUUCUUUGGUGGGGUUGCACAGUGGGACCCCCCGGCGUUUGGGUUCGGUGGUAUCUAGCACGACUUAAUGGACAAGGGCUUGGGGAAAAGAGAUAUUUCAAAUGGCUCCCUAUUGGGACACUUUGUGCCAAUGUUCUUGCUGCGUCCCUCAUGGCAGUAUUAGCAAUACUAAACAAACUGGUAAACAAAAGAAGAUAUUCGAUCCUCAUAAGUGGAGUUCAGCUCGGCUUCCUCGGUUGCCUGAGUACAGUUUCCACUUUUGUAGCCGAAGUUUAUACCAUGAGACAAAGUGGCAACAAAGCACGAGCCUUCUUCUACACCGCUCUCACCUUUCUACUCUCCUUUGCUUUAGGGACUUUGAUCUACUCGGUACCUGUUUGGGCUAAACACUACAAUUAGUUUAUGGUCUUUUCAUGUAAAUUUUCGUAAGAUAACAAAAUAAUGUUAUUGUACAAAUUGUUGGAUUUUGUUUGGGAGUUCUAAGUGUAGAUUGAGCAAUAAAAAAAAAUAAUGUUAUUGUAUAAAUUGUUGGAUUUUGUUUUGGAGUUCCAAUUGUAGAUUGAGCACACUCUAGGACUUUAAAAAGUUGUAGUGGUAACUGUGAUCUCUUCUUUUGAUGUAUUCUUUUGAAGGAUGUAGAGAUGCGUUUGAUAAAGCUGGGAAUAAAAAUAAUAUGUAGAUUUUUUUCUA